GGUUAGGUCGCAAUGCCGUCUAUUACAAAGGGUUCAAAGAAGAAAAAGGGCGCGAGGGGCGGUCGCAAUAAAGGUGCUGUGAAGAUUGUUCCAGACCCGGAUGCAGGGUACAAGCAGCAGCUAGAUGAAACGUUUUACCUUUCCAAGCUUUCUCGGGCGAAGCUCAUGAACCAAUACACCGCCGCCGUCGAUGCAGCAAUAAGAGCAAAUACUGUUUCGUUGACCUCCGUUUCUCCUGGUGAUUUUAGCAUUCCCAGUCAGAUUCAGAUGGUCAAGAUUCCUGAAAUUGUGCGCUCACUGGGUCUUUGCGUGACAGAUGAGCAGAUUGACCAGAUCUGCUGCAUGGUUUUGCAGACUGCGCCUCUUUCGAAUCCGCAGACCGAGUUGGCGAGUGGCGAAGAGGCCAUUCCUCAGCCUCCAGGGGUGUUUGCGGAAACGGAGAAAGUGCGUCAAGUUUUGAGCGAAAUGCUACACUCACACAUUCUGGCGUACGACCCGCAGGUCCUCUCGCAUCCCGAUCCGCGCUUCCCGACUCGCGUUUCCUCCGUAGUAUACAAGGUCACCGAGCAGGACCUCGCCUCCUGCUUCGAGUCUAUCUGGGCCACCACCGGGAAGAGGUCAGUCUUGCGAAAUGACGGGACACAGGUCCGCUGCUUCGCCGUCGAUGCGCUAGAGAUCGUGAUGGCUGAUGUUCAACAUGACAUUUCGACGUUGCAGCCUCUGACGCAAAAAGAGCUUGAAGAUCUCUACUUUUUCGUGAAAGGCGAAAACAGCGAUGUAAUUGACGAAGACACGUUUCUGAGGUGCCUUGCUGAUGUAUAA